AUGUCUACUGAAUUUGCUAUUCCUGCCAAUCUCCAUGUUAACGGUAAUGAUACUAACAAUGCUUCUACCAACAACUUUAGUAUCAAAGCCGGUCUUGCUCAAAUGCUCAAGGGUGGUGUAAUUAUGGAUGUUAUUAAUGCUGAACAAGCUCGUAUUGCUGAAGAAGCUGGUGCUUGUGCUGUCAUGGCUUUGGAACGCGUGCCUGCUGAUAUUCGCAAGAAUGGUGGAGUUGCUCGUAUGUCUGAUCCCAAGAUGAUUAAGGAAAUCAUCCAAUCUGUAACGAUUCCAGUGAUGGCCAAGGUACGUAUUGGUCAUUUUGUUGAAGCUCAAAUCAUUGAAUCCAUUGGUGUUGAUUAUAUUGAUGAAUCUGAAGUGUUGACUCCUGCGGAUGAAUCCAAUCAUAUUUUGAAACAUAACUUUAAAGUGCCUUAUGUAUGUGGAGCCAAGAAUCUCGGUGAAGCUUUACGUCGUAUUAGUGAAGGUGCUGCUAUGAUCCGUACUAAAGGUGAAGCUGGUACUGGUAACGUAGUGGAAGCUGUGCGUCAUAUCCGUACUGUGAAUGCUGAAAUUCGUCGUGCUGCCUCCAUGUCUGAUGAAGAACUCUAUGCUUAUGCCAAGGAUCUUCAAGCUCCUUUCCAUUUGCUCAAGGAAACCGCUCGCUUGGGUCGUUUGCCCGUCGUCAACUUUGCCGCUGGUGGUGUGGCUACUCCUGCUGAUGCUGCUUUGAUGAUGCAAUUAGGUUGUGAUGGUGUAUUCGUUGGUUCUGGUAUUUUCAAAUCUGGUGACCCUGCUAAACGUGCCAAGGCCAUUGUUCAAGCCGUCACUCACUACAAGGAUCCCAAGGUAUUGGCUGAAGUCUCUGAAGAUCUUGGUGAAGCUAUGGUUGGUAUCAAUUUGGAUGAACUCUCUGAAGAUCAAAAGUUGUCUAAGCGUGGAUGGUAA